AUGGCACAGGAGAGGGCUGCCAUGAAUGAGACCAUUGACUCCAUCGCCUCUGCUGGACCUCCCGCUGGAACCAUUCCUGACAGCUGCAUCGGCCAGUGGCAUCGGCCAGCACUGGUUCCACUGCAGCUGCAGUAUGACGACUCGAGGUCUGACUACGGUGAUGGGGAUGCCCCCGGGAAGGGCAGAUCCCUGAUGAUCAAAGACUACCGAGUGACGGGGGACCACAUCGACCUGCGUGAGUUCUACUUCUCCAACGAGGAGUACUAUCGUAAGCUGGAGGAGCUGAAGAGGGCCCAUUUCCGCACCAUGGCCGAGCUAGAGGGCAUGUACCGCAAGAAGCUGGAGCCCAAAGGUGCACCACCCUCGGAAAACGUGCAGGGGGCACAGAUCGUACUCGAAGAUCAGCCCCAUGCCCGUGAGGCGUCUGAGGAAGGCCCACUCGGCUCUGGAGCCAACAUGUGGCAUGACUUCAAGCUGUCGCCUCGCCAGCGCCACCCGUCCACAUCCUCCCUCCAGAGCCUCAUUGGGGGCCACAAGAAAGGCAUCAAGGGUAAGGACCAAAAGCAAGGGUGCAAAGAUGUCAAACACGAGCCUUGGAAACACAGAGUGACCGUCCCCAAGCCAUUCCACAUGACGCUGCGGGAGAACCAGAAGGGCCAGAAAGGUGUGAAGACACGGUCAGAGAUCGAGCUGGAGAACGUGGCCUUGCGGAAGCAGAUGGAGGAGCUGACAGAGUGCCAGCACAAAUUCCGUGCAAGCUCAGUGCCCGUCCACGUCCGCCUGCCCCCAUACGAGGAGCUCCACGAACGCGACGAGGCGCGGUGGGCCAUGCACGAGCGGGAGCAGCAGUGUCUGUGCUCCACCCAGCGGCCCUUCAGUUUCCUGGAGCGUGAACGUCUCAAGAGGGAGCAGAGAGAGGAGCAGCUCCGUAACCUCCAGCAAAUCAGCCAGGAGAGAGUCCAACCAUUCAGGGCCAAGCCCGUGCCCAAGGCCGUGUAUGAGGCGGCUACGGGCGAGCAACUGAAGGAGGAGCAGCUGUACCGUGCCAUCAAGAUGCAGAUGAGGGCCCAGGAGCUGCUCCACAGCGCCUCCAUGCCACCCAGCAUGCUGGCACGCCACCUUAGCAAAAGGGAGCAUGCUAAGGAUGGAGCCCGGGGGGACACCGCUGGAUCCGAGGAUGACAACAGGGCCCCUUACAGGCCUAAGAUAAACCCGGUGGUGCCCGACUUCGACGCCAGCUACAGGAGGUUCAAGAAGCAGCUGGAGAGCCGGCGCGAUGUGAAGCCUUUGACGACGUGCGAGCCGUUCCAGCUCCGGACGUCACAGAUCCCCUCGCACCGCGAACGCAUCCUGGCCGAGAUCGAGAAGGAGCAGAUGAGUCCCCGGGCCAAGCGCUGGCCUUACGUCAGCACAGCUGGGCUCGUCCACUCACACAACUCUAGCCUCUGCUCCUCCCUCUCAGGCAGUCUGGAACAGCUGCCUGCCAAAGUCACCGAUGCCAGCAAAAAACGCCAAGAGGCUGUAAGAAAGGUGCUUGAGCAGAGAAAGAAGGCAGAGGAAGAAGAGGAGAGAUGGAGUGAGAGACAGAAGCAGAGAGAGAAGAAGCUUGCAAAGGUGGUCUCGAAGUGCGCCCAAGCCAAUGAUGCCCACGUGCCCCUCUCCCAGACCAACCAGUCCAAGCUCAAGCAGUUCAGAAAGCAGGACUUUCAGCGGAGGAAGGAGUACCAGGAGGAGAUGAGGGAAAUCCAGGAGAGAGUGAAGGGGAGGCCUCUGCUGUUGGAGCAGGUUGCACAGAUGAAUGCCAAACACGCUGCAGAGAAGCGCUACACAGACACCCUGCGAGGCUGUGGAGUGAGUGAGGACUUUGUCAGUGGCAAGGUGCCCAAGUCCCAGCAGCCAGGUGGCCAAGAAUCUGCAUGCUGGACCACCUCCUCCAGUGACCCAAAACAAAGUGAAAAGGACGAGACAGAUACACCGGCUAUUUACAACACGGUCUUCCAGGAUGAAUACCUAAACGAUUAUGAAGACAGCUUUGCUGACCAAAAACGGGAAGGAGAGCAGGAGGCUGAGAAAGAUGAAUUAAAGUCCAAAAAAGAAGAUGAGGAUGAAGGCCAUGACGAAGCAGGGCGGGGGAGGGCGGAUAUUGGGCGUUAUUCAGAUGAUGGCGAUUACUCAGAUGCCGAUGACCAUUACUCAGAUGCCAGUGAGCAUUACUUGCCCCUGGACGAUGAAAAGAAUAAAGGGAGUGACAUCCUCAAAAGGCCCGAGAGUACCCAGAGCAGCCCAAGCUAUAGAAGUGGCCAGCACAGCCGAAACAGUCCGAAUUCAGAGAGGGAUAGGGAAACACAGCAAUAGCGAAAAAGAAAAGUAAUGAGGGUGACUAAAAAGUCAAAGGAGUGCAUUUUCUGACAGGUAGGCAGGGCUACAUUGAGGCGAACGUCUACAACACUGACACACAGUGGUAGAGAUGCUUCUAUUAUAAAAAAGGAUAAAUGCAUGAUAGGUUAUCUGUAUACAUACAGUAAUAAUGGGAAAUUUUAUGUUUAUUACAUUAUUUUGUUGUGUGAGACAGACCAGAGUCAAUUGUAGUACUAGGCUAUGGUUAUAAAAAGGAUCACAUUGAACAGUUUAGGGUACUCUUUGUCUUGUGAUAUCCUACUUUGCAGGAAAUACAAUAGGUUGACCACUUACAUUUGGAUGCUUGUGAUACAUUUUCUUUCGACAAUUAUUUGUCUAAUGUUUUGUGACUAAAUAUAUGUAGCCUAACAUUUGCUAUAUAUUUCAGGAUCAUACUUUUUUUCAAUCGUUGCGUAUAUACAUCACAUUUGGGAACAUAAAGGUGUUAUGUAUUUCAUGUACAUUAUGGGAUAUUUAUAUUUCUGUACUAAACUCAGCAAAAAAAUAAACUUCCUAUCACUGUCAA